AUGAAGGAGGAGAUGUACGUCCGAGAUGCGAAGGGCUUAUUCCUUGACGGCGGUGCUUCCGGAAUCUUGGAGAUCUUACCCUGUGGCAACGUGAUCAAAUCACCAUGGGCCGAUCCAUCGGACGACUGUCGCAAAGAACUUACAAUCGAGCAUGAGAUAUACGAGAAGCUAGGCCCGCAUCCUCGCCUGAUCAAAAUCAUUAGUUGGAACCUCCAAGAUUGUUCUCUGACCAUGGAACAUAUGCCAAAGGGAAACUUGCACAACUUUCUCCUCCAAAGCGAUACGGUCACAGAAACUCAACGACUCCAGUGGGCUAAAGAGGCAGCAGAAGGCCUCCAGCUACUACACGCCGCGGACGUUAUUCACUGCGAUGUAAAUCCCAAGAACUUUAUGCUUGAUGCACAUCUAGGUCUUAAAAUUGCAGAUUUUUCGGGCUCAUCACUUGCAGGCUCAAAGCCGUCCGCAUAUAAUGGAACCCGAUUCUCGAUACCUGAUGAUGAUAGGCGGCAUCCACCGACGGUGCAAGAUGAUUUAUUCGCGCUCGGCACUACGAUCUACUUCAUAAUGACAUCGCAGCUCCCUUUCCCUGAGCUUUCCGAGGAACAGGUCAAGGAGAACUACAAAAACAGCAGAUUUCCCGACGCCUCGAAGCUAAGCUGUGGAGAAGUCAUCCAACAGUGCUGGAAAUCUCAAAUUGCCUCUGCACAAGAAGUAUAUGACUCUAUUCGAAGCAUUCAAGGGCACAACUUCACUGAAUCUUGA